AGGCGUCAAAAUGAGUGAGCACCCUCGCCAAGGACAAUUAGGCUUGCGCAAUAGACGGGGAGAGAGUUAAAGCGAAGCCAAGAUUGAUGGACAGGGAGAAUCGCCUUUCCGGGUACAUGUCAUUUUACCACGCGCAAAAUAGCCUUGCAAUACAAUUGCACAAUCCCCAACCUGUCCGCUGCGUUGUUACCCGCAAUGUUCAGCUAAAUACUCUCUCCCCGCCAGGAGUUCGUUCUCGACACUCCUGACGACGUUCGGUACAUGAGACAAUUAGCGGAGGAUCGUUGAGGGCUAAUGCUGGCUGUGGGUAGUGGAAGUCUCGAUUUGUUGGAUGAAAAUCAGCACGAUCACGGCUCAGAUUCUAUGCCUGCUCCUAGUUUCCAGGGAGACGAUACGCCUAGUUUCGAUCAGCUUCCUACCACAGUCGAAACAUUCACUGACGGGAUGAAUACAACUUUCUUUUCAACCGGAGAUGACGUCGCUAACCAGGGGGCCGAUCUAAACAUCGUUCAGGGAUCUUGCUAUACCACUCCUGAGAUCAGCAGUUGGUCAGUAAUCAAUUCAAUCGCUACAACUGAUCGUGUGCUAACAGCCCUCUACAGGCACAGGGUGCCAGAAGCCAUACCUGGCGAGCUAGAAACUUCAUAUCCUUCGCCUCGGUUACAGCAAGUUGGCGGGGGUAUUCAGAGAUCUUUGCCGAUACUGCUGCCUGCACCUACUCAACAUUCAGUUAUGCCGCCCAGGCAACCAUCCUCAAGGAACAGAUUCCAAUGCGAAAAGUGUCCCAUGUGCUACCCCCACAGCCAAUCGCUGAAUAGGCACGCAAGAGACAAGCAUGAAGCACCCAAAAAAAAGGCUGGCCGACCUUCCAACAGGUCCAAAUUAGCAGCAUGAUGAACUUGACUUGAAGUGUUGUCGGAAAUUAUUGGGAGGCGGUUGAGGAGUUAAACAUCAUGUAAUCUGCUAGGCAUUUUGGAUGUACAGUAUGUACCUCCAGAACAUUAUGCUAUAGAUGGGCCUCUUGUAUAUCUCCCCCCCCCUUUUUUUUUGACCAGAUCGAAAUUCAAUAUAUUUCUGUUCAUCUACCUAAACAUUUAAAAUCUAUAAGUAACAAAACAUCGUUGUCUUGUUACAGUCAUU